CCUCCCCGUGCCUAGAACGGCUGGGGGGUCGGGAUGGGAGUUAGUGGGCAGUUGCUGACGGAGUUCCUUCAACGCUUUGUUCCGAGAUGUGGGUCCGGCGUUUUCGUGAAUCAAGGCCCCAUUAGGAAUUUUAUCACUGAACCCAAGGAGCAGAUCAGGCAAGAUCUGUGCUGGAAAUAUUCUUUGUAGUGAGGCUGCUGUGUAUAGGCAUGAGGAUGGUGAAACUGGGACUGAGGAGGUGUUGAUUCCAAAGCAUCAUUCCUGAAAAAUCAGAAUCGCAUUAUACUUUCACAGAAUUCCAGAGGUGUUGCCAAGGAAGUCAAAAUUUAGGAAACUCCUCUGAAGGGAAAGAGAAGACCAGAGAGGCCACUGGAAUGCUCCAAGCAGGAGAAAAUGAGGAGAAAGAUGAGAAACUUCAAACAUAAGACAGCUAAAGAUAAUAAAACACUCACAGAAGUGAGUGACCAAGAAUCUGUAAAAGACAGUCAGUCCUGUGACCUUUCAACAAAUGAGAGAAUUCAGGCUGAAAAGAGACAGUAUGUAUGUACUGAGUGUGGGAAAGCCUUUAGUCAGAGUGCAAACCUCACAGUUCAUGAACGAAUCCACACAGGAGAGAAACCGUAUAAGUGUAAGGAGUGUGGAAAAGCCUUUAAUCAUAGCUCCAACCUAGUUGUUCAUCGGAGAAUCCACACUGGAUUGAAGCCCUACACGUGCAAUGAAUGUGGGAAAUCUUUCAGUGGUAAGUCACACCUUAUUCGGCACCAGGGUAUCCAUAGUGGGGAGAAAACUUAUGAGUGUAAGGAGUGUGGGAAAGCCUUUAGUCGGAGUUCAGGCCUUAUUUCACAUCACAGAGUUCAUACUGGGGAGAAGCCCUACACUUGUAUUGAGUGUGGGAAAGCCUUUAGCCGUAGUUCAAACCUUACUCAACAUCAGAGAAUGCACAAAGGAAAAAAAAUUUACAAAUGUAAGGAGUGUGGGAAAACAUGUGGUUCUAAUACAAAGAUUAUGGACCAUCAGAGAAUUCACACUGGGGAGAAACCUUAUGAAUGUGAUGAGUGUGGAAAAGCUUUCAUCUUAAGGAAGACACUUGAUGAGCACCAGAGACUUCAUCGUAGAGAGAAACCUUACAAAUGUAAUGAGUGUGGGAAAGCUUUUACUUCUAAUCGAAACCUUAUUGAUCAUCAGAGAGUUCACACUGGAGAGAAACCCUAUAAAUGUAAUGAAUGUGGGAAAACCUUCAGGCAGACUUCCCAAGUUAUUCUACAUUUGAGAACCCACACUAAGGAGAAACCCUAUAAAUGUACUGAGUGUGGGAAAGCCUAUCGUUAUAGUUCACAGCUUAUUCAACACCAGAGAAAACACAAUGAGGAGAAAGACACCUCAUAAAUAACAAAUAUCUCUGGUAAUAGGGCUAAUUGCUACUUGUCUGAAAAGCAAUUUUUAAGUGUCAUCAACUUUAAUUCUACUUUUAAGAAUCCAUAUCAGGAAAAAUAAUUAGAAGUAGAAAGAGAUUAACAAAAGGGAUAUUCAUGCCGGCAUUGUAUAUAACUGAAAAAAGAAAACUAGAUUUUCAACAGUACAGGGUUUAAAUGAAUGAUUUUCUAUCCGUGUGAUGGUUUUAAAACCAUUUAAAACAUUUUAAAAGAAUAUUUAAUGCCUUGGGAAAAUGAUUUUGAAAAGUGGAAGAUAAAGAAAAAACAUAUAAUCCAAAUGUAAAAAAAAAUUUAUACAUUGGAAAAAAUGGGCAGAAGUAAACCAAACCAAAAUGUAAACAGGGAUUAUCUCUAGGUGAUAGGAUUAUAGGUGAUUUCUAUUUUUUUCUAUUCUUUCUAGAUUUUCUACAAUGAGAAUGUACUACUUUUAUAUUCAGGAAAAAAGUACAGUAUUUUUUAAAUACAGUGAGUACAUGGUCAUUUUCACUCAACAAUGUUAUGAAUGGCACACAGUAUGUAGAGUCUAAAAUCCUGGGAUUGCACCCUGAUGAUGGCACUUAGAGGCAGUGGAACCAUGAGCAAGUCACUUCCUUUUAGAGCCUGCUUCCUGUUUAGGCUCUAAAUCGUAAACACCAAUCCUUUGUCUUUUUCAGUUUUAAGCUGACUGUAGAGUUGUCAACAAAGUCUGUAACCACUUUUAAAGAACAGAGCAAAUAUUUACUGCAUCCCUUUUUCCUACGGUUAUGGAAGGAUCUGCAGAUGAUGGAGAAUUACCUAGGCUCCUUUUUAAUAUAUGUCUAGACAACCAGAAAAAAAUAUACCCUUAUAAAAUUGAAACAAUUAUUGGCUCAAAAACUUUAAUUAGAUACAGUCACC